AUGGGCCUCGAUCAUUCACUAAAGCUGGAAAUACCGUUCGAAAACGCUCGACAAGCAACUAUUGCCAAAGAAGUCCUCAAGCCAGAUCCAAUACUCAAACCACAAGAUUUCCAAGUGCACUACACAACAGCCAAAAACGUGCUACUGGUCAGUUUCCAAAGCAUCGACGACAGAGUGCUCCGAGUCGGAGUCAGCAGCGUAAUAGACAGCAUCAAGACCAUCAUAGAGACCAUCGACGAGCUAGACGGUCCACCAAUCAGCUCAUCUCCCACUAUAUAG